AUGGACCCAGCACGAGCACGGCCGAGGGGGUGGCGGACGAGGGCGACAAGGAUGGUGCUCGGGCUGAUGGUCCUGACCACCGGCCUGGCAGACGCACAAGACCCACCCGCACCCGCCCCGCCGGCACCCGGCCCGAUUCCCAGGGCGCUCAACGAGCACGACGGCGUCUACUUCGGCGUCUGGCCCGACACCGCCCACGGCUUCUCCGACACCCCCGCCAUGAUCAACCAGCGGCUCGGCUUCAACACCUCCGUCUUCCAGAUCGCCCAGCUCAUCCCGCUGCCUCCAUACAACUACACCACGGGCGCGGGGGGCCCGGCGCCGGAGUACCUGAUUGAGCAGACGCAGACGGACGCGGCGGUGUUUCUGACGGUGUAUCCGACCGGCCUGGACACGGUGACGGACGACGACCUGAAGCUUUUGGGGACCCAGUUACAGGGGUACACGCAGGUGAUGAACCGGACGGUGUUCCUGCGGUUUGCGCCGGAGAUGCAGGGCACCUGGAACCCGUACGGCUUCCAGCCGACCAAGUUCCUGGCCCUCUGGCGCCGCAUGUGGCUCGCCGUCAAGACCGCCGCCCCCGCCACCGCCGUCGUCUGGGCCCCUAACACCCCUCAGUCGUACCCCUACGGCCAGUCCUCCGCCGCACUCUCCCCCGAAGACCUCGCCCUCCUCGACACCGAUCAUGACGGCAAAGUCGGGCCCACCGACGACCCUUUCACGCCCUACUAUCCCGGCGACGACCAGGUCGACUGGAUCGGCUUGUCCACCUACUACAAGGGCCCCAACUUCCAGAACGUCAACGUGCCCCAACCGAGCGGAUACUGCGGCUCGGUGAUGAACGGGACGUCGCCGACGUCGACGUUUAACUGGUACGACAUGUACUGCAACAGGCCGGGCAAAGCCUGCAUGAUUGCAGAGUCGGGCGCCGCGUUCCAUGUGGACGCCGUCAACGCCCAGGCGUCGACGGCCAAGUCGAUCGUCGACCUCCAGCGCGCCUGGUGGCAGGACUGCAUCACGUCCCCGGCGAUCGUGCAGAGCUUCCCGCGGCUGAAGCUGCACAUGCAUUUCGAGCAUGUGAAGCUGGAGAUGGACGGGGGGAAGCCGGACCUGCGCGACUACCGGUUGUCGAACGACACCGACACCCUGGCCGCCUUCAAGCAGGACUUCUCCGCCGUCUCCGCCAACUUCAUCGUCCCCGCCUUCCGCCCCUUGCCGCCCGGCGUCCCGGCCCUCGGCCGCCCUCUGGGCAGCCCCAACAGCCCCGUGCCCAGCGUCCCCGGCCAGCCCGGCGCGCCCGGCCAGCCCCAGGGCAUCGUCUUCCAGACCCAACGCAACCCCGUCGUCACCGGCCCCCCCACCCUCUUCGGACACCCCCGAAGCCCCGCCAACCGCGUGCUCGUCCAGCCCCGCUCGCUGCUCGCCUCCUCCGCCCUCGUCCUUGCCCUCGUCUCGUCCCUCUUCUAG